AUGGAGGAUGCCGGUAACUUCAUCCGCGUGACCGUCAAAUGGAUGGGCAAGCGCUUCAACGACCUCGAAAUUAGCCUUGACGAUAAUGUAGAGGUGCUGAAGGCGCAGCUGUACUCGCUCACUGGCGUGCCGCCUGAUCGGCAGAAGGUGAUGUACAAGGGUCUCAUCACGGAAAGCACGAACCUGAGGGAGAAGGGGCUGACCAAUGGGACUACCCUGAUGCUGAUCGGAUCCCCGGAUAAGCUGGUGGAGCGCACGGAGCCCGUGCGUUUUUUGGAGACCAUGACGCCGCAGGAGAAGUCUGCGAUGCUCAGCUCCGCCAAGAUGAAAAGGAUCCCUUGCGGUAUCAUGAACCUGGGCAACACGUGCUACUUCAACGCUGUGUUCCAGUUCCUGCAACCCGUGACUGAGCUCUGGGAGGGCAUCGAGCUUCUGGAGGCCAAGGACGCCAUCGACACCAAGUCCGACCGGUACCAGCUGACCAAAUCGCUGCUGGACAUGCGUCGCAACCUGCCGUCAACGCUAACGCGAUACGUGCCGCUGCAGCAGAUGCAACUGCUGAGAAGGGUCAACCCGAUCUUCAACCGGACCGACGAGAAGACCGGCGUCUAUAUGCAGCAGGACGCCGAGGAGUGCCUCAGCUGCCUGCUUAGCUGCAUCAACGGCCUGUCAGACAACAAACUAACCGACGAGCUGUUUGGGUACACUUUGUCGACGACCAUCCAGCCAAAGGAACGGUCGGACCCUGCGGCUACGGAGGGCAGCUCAGUGACGAACGAGUCCAACUUCAAGCUGAACUGCUACAUGGGCACGCAACUGAAGUCCGUGGGUACGCUGAUGGACGGGAUAAUGAUCUCGCUGAAUGAGGACAUCGUCAAGUUCAGCGAGCAGCUGGGCACCGACGUGCCCCACGAGAAGGUGGCUCGCAUCUCCACCCUGCCGAAGUACCUCAUUGUGCACCUCGUGCGUUUCGAGUGGAAACAGGAGAGCAAGGUGUCCAAGACGGAUGCGGUGAAGGCCAAGGUGUGCCGCCGCGUGAACUUCGAACGCGAGUUAGACAUCACGUCCAUUUGCACCGAGGAACUACAGCAAUUGCUGCAUGAAGCUAACGCCGUGGCGAUGCAGUUGGACUUCAACAUGGGCAAGACCAACCGUACUGCGCCUUUCAAGGGCUACGAAAUGUACCCGGGGAUGUACGCCACGGGCAGAUACACGUUGCAGUCGGUGGUCACGCACCAGGGGCGCACGGCUGACGGGGGCCACUACGUCUGCUGGACCAAGGACAACAACGAAGCGGCUCCAACCGAGGACUCCGACUCAGAUGUGGCAGUCGACGACGGCUGGCUGAUGUUCGACGAUGAUCGCGUGACCGAAUACCGUUGGGGCAACUUCGACCUCUGCGGAGGCAGGAGUGACUACCACAUCGCAGUACUGCUACUGUACAAGGCGCAAUGCGUAAGCGUGGACGCCGAAGAGGCGCCCGCUGGCGCCGACGACGCACCAAUGGCUUGA